AUGACCGCAUCCCAAGGGUCAGUUGGCCCCAACUAUGCCAACUUCGGUAUCGCAAUACCACAACUGCAAGAUUUCGAUGAAGAGGCGAUAGCAGAUCACUUCGCAAACCCUGUCGUUAUCCCGGUGAUACCGCGUGAUCCGUCGUCCCCAAGAGACUCGAUACCGACUUACAUCACUGAGUGUGUCUCCCUGGGGUCUUUCCUCGCGGAUAACCACUGUUUUCCUCCAAGCGAGGAGUUCCGUCUCAAGACCUUAGACUUUGGAAGGGAUAAAGAGAUCACGGAAUUACCAGGCGCUGCCCCUCCCAUGGUUCGGCCGCCCGAGGUCUACAUUUACAGUUUGUCCGACGGAAAAGUCGGAUCCAUCUGGAGCAAAGAAGCAGACAUCUGGGCAAUCGGGUGUAUCACAGGAGGCGAACUCCUCUCACCGGAAGGCGAUUCCGAGUACCAGCUUUACCAGGCUUUGCAGCUCGGCGGGUCGCCACCGAAGGAGUGGCUCGAGGUUUGGGACUUGGAAAAGCUCUGCGAGAGGACCAGGGGUUGGAGUCAGCCAGUGUUGCUGUCGUUCGAUACGGACCAAGCCUGGGAAUCUCGUAGACCGCAACGCGACCCUAAGAGCGAGGUCUUCCUCGAUCUCAUUCGGGCAAUGGUUAAGACAGAGCCAGGGAGACGAAGUCAGAUAGCCCAUCUCCUUGGUCAUGCGUUCUUCUUAGGGGAACCUAGCACAAAGACAGGUCCGUGA